ACACAGACACACAGUAGAAGCUUUAGCAGGCAUCAAAGGUGAAGAUGAAGCUGAAGCAAUUAGAAAGUUGUCUUGGUUCUCUUGAACAAUUCUCAACCCCAAAGAUUGAACUAGAACAAUAUCCUACUGGAGCCCACAUUGCUUCUCGUAUGCUUUACACUGCUGAGAAUUCAUUUGAGGAUGUGAACAGUAAGGUGGUUGCAGAUUUUGGAUGUGGUUGUGGUACAUUAGGCCUUGCUGCUGGUCUUUUGGGAGCUGAAAGUGUUAUUGGGCUUGAUAUUGAUGCCGAGUCUCUUGAGAUUGCAUAUGCAAAUGCCGAUGAGCUUGAGCUAGACAUGGAUUUUAUUCAAUGCGACAUCAGCAACUUAAAAUGGAGAGGUCAGAUUGUUGAAACUGUGGUUAUGAAUCCACCUUUUGGAACACGGAGGAAAGGUGCUGACAUGGACUUCCUCUCUUCGGCGAUGAAGGUUGCUUCUCAAGCAGUUUAUUCCUUACAUAAAACCACAACUAGAGAACAUGUGAAAAGAGCAGCCUUGCGAGAUUAUAAUGCAAGAAGUGCUGAAGUUAUAUGUGAGCUUCGGUAUGAUGUGCCAAAACUGUACAAAUUUCACAAGAAAAAGGAGGUUGACAUUGCUGUGGACCUGUGGCGUUUUGUUCCUCAAAGAAAGCAAGAAAGAUCUCUCUAGUAUUAUAAAAAUAACAAGUAUACAGAGAUGAUGAUGCAUGUAAAAUUAAGGACACCCCAUUUCUGAACGGGAGCAGGAUGGAUAAUGGAUUCUCAUGUUGUUGCAAGUAUAGUUCUAAAAAGGAAGUAAAGAGUAUUUUGUACCAUGCACGCGUCUGCAAACUACUUUGGCCUCCGGGGCUCUUAGUUCUAUUCUAUUAGCAAAGGUUGAGGGACUUGUGUCUUAAGUCACUUAUAAAUUAUAAUCUUAGUACAUCUGGCAUUUUGUUCCUCAAAGAAAACAAGAAAGAUCUCUCUAGUAUAUUAUGAAAGUAGCUAUAUGCAGAAUGUUAGUAGUAUAGAGUUGAA